AUGAGUAUUAGGAAGUUAAUGUUUCUUAGUGUGGCAUUUGGAGUAGGGAAAGGAGACGCUAAUCUUUCUGGAAUGAGUAUAUUGAAUACAGCAGUGCCGAAUACUGCACCGAUAAUGAAUCCCGUGAUUCCAAAAAAUGACCUUUCAACGUCGUUGUUAGCACAACAAGCCUCAGGCCAGGCAUGCUACAUGUAUCAAGCAAGUGUUUUGCCGCCUGAAUGUGCAGUAUACUUUCCGGAAGUCAAGCCCACGGUGUUUCCGCUGCCUAAGGACAACGUGAUGAUACCUAAAAUAUACACCAAGGAUCAAUUCAUACAGGCUUCGCCAUACGUAAACAAGACAAAUCUGAACUAUCCGUACUACUUUGCGAUGCCUAAUGCAAAGAUAGUGCCUUAUUUAGACUCGAAUGAUAGGGUGAAUAGCAAUGACAUCAUUCCUGCACUUCCUGCGCCGUAUCCAAUGCUGCAAGGUAUACAGAAACUGAUGAGUGAUAUUGAGGAAAGAAAGGAUGUACUGUCUGAAGAAUUGUUCAAUGUGGAGGCAAACAUACUUAGAGCAAAGGAGUACUUCAAGGACACCAUAUACAAGCUUAAAAGGCAAGAAGAAACUUUGAAGAAUCUUUUGUACAAGAUAGGCAUAACAAAGGCUAGAGAUAUAAUAUACAAUUACAUUAUUAAGUAUGUCAACACUAGCAAGCAGGCAUACGAAAACAUAAAGGUUUAUUGUAAGCUAAGGGAAUGGCUGGAGGAAGUGAAGCGAAACAUUCCUGUAAUUUCUGAUAAGCCUCAAAAAUAA